GGCGCACUCCGCGUCUUCGCUUCCGCUCGGGGCCUGCGUGGGCGGAAACGGAAGCAAAAAGCAAAUCAGAAGACGCAGUGAAGUAAAUACAUGGAAAGUAAGCGAGCUGUCGCCAUGGCGGUCACCGAGGGGGCGCUGAAAAGAAUGGUGUCAAAGUAUAAAUACAGGGAUCUGACAGUGCGAGAAAUUCUAAACGUUACCUCAACAUAUAAAGACCUCAAGCCCGUGAACGAUGCAUAUGUAUUUAACAAUGGUUCUUCUCAGGAGCUGAUGAGUCUCACUGGAACGAUUCCAGUUAGCUACAGAGGAAAUAUGUAUAAUAUCCCUAUAUGCGUGUGGUUACUGGACACUUACCCUUACAAUCCUCCAAUCUGCUUUGUAAAACCCACCAGUACCAUGAUGAUUAGAACAGGAAAGCACGUUGAUGCCAAUGGGAAAAUCUACCUCCCCUAUCUACACGAGUGGAAACAUCCACAUUCUGACCUCUAUGGGCUGAUACAGAUGAUGAUCGUCAUGUUUGGAGAGGAACCUCCUGUCUUUUCGAAGCUCGCUGCACCUCCAUCUUACCCUUCGUAUCAAGCUGCAGGGCCACCAACUCCUUCUUACAUGCCUGGAAUGACAGCAGGAAUGGCACAAUAUCCAGCAGGCCAUGCCAAUACUGGAGGGUUUCCAGGAUUUCCUUAUCCCCCGGGAGGUGCAUAUCCUCCAACCACAGCCACAGCGCAACAGCAUCCAUAUUCCAACCAGCCACCUGCCGCAGGUGUUGGUCCCGGCAGAGACACCAUUAGUGAGGAUACAAUCCGUGCUUCACUGAUCUCUGCAGUUAGUGAUAAACUGCGCUGGCGGAUGAAAGAGGAAAUGGACCGUGCCCAAGCUGAACUUGAUGCCCUCAAACGGACAGAGGAGGACCUAAAGAAAGGCCACCAGAAGCUGGAAAUGAUGGUCAAUCACUUGGAUCAGGAACUGACUGAUGUAGACAAAAACAUUGACGCACUAACGAAGAAGGAUGAGGAGCUGAGUGUUGCACUGGAGAAAAUGGAGAGCCAGACUGAAAAUAAUGACAUUGAUGAGGUUGUUGUGCCUACAGCACCCCUCUACAAACAAAUCCUCAAUCUUUAUGCUGAGGAGAAUGCCAUUGAGGACACCAUUUUCUAUCUGGGUGAAGCCCUGAGACGAGACGUCGUUGAUUUGGAAGUCUUCUUAAAGCACGUGCGUCUCUUAUCUCGCAAACAAUUCCAGCUUCGAGCGUUGAUGCAGAAAGCAAGAAAGACAGCUGGCCUUAGUGACUUGUACUGAGUGAUUCUUUGAUAUUUAGAACCGGAUCUGACUGACUGUCUGCAAUUAACCAACUUUAACGAAAGGAUAAGUUAUUAGAUAUUCUAGCUGUAAAUUAUGUUAAUUGAUUGUUUUCUUAAAUAUGGUUUUGUGAAGGCACUUUGUAUGUACCUGUAACUUUCAGGAGAGGUAGAAAUUGGAAUAAAGAUUCUUCAACUUGUAAGCUAAAUGUAAUUUUAUCACAUUUUCUAAUUUUGGUAGCUUUCUUACAAACGCCUGGAUCAUUUUUUCUUUAGAAUCUUGACUUCUACCAACACCAUUCCAAAUUAUUUAAAUGCACCUCAUUAAGAAUACUUAAAUCAACUUCAAAGCCGAUUUAAUGAUGAGUAAGUUUUCAGAAAUCAAGAAAAGUGAACUUGGGUUUGUUUUAAAGUGAUUGACUUUAUUCAAAGCUGCCUCCUCUACAUAAAUACUGGCAAUACUUGGGUAAGUAGAACAACAUGAUCAAACAUUACAACACUGUUCUGACCAGGGUUAGAAAAAUAGCCAUAAUUUACUCAAAGUAAAUCCUUACAGUCAAGAUAAGGGGGGGGGGGGGGU